AGUGCGGCAGUCAUUGGACGGUGGGAAGAUAGCACUCCUACUCCCGGUCCUCAAGGCAGCGGACGACACGUCUCUGGGGUCGUUGGGCAGUGAAGCUGGGCAUCAGGACAGCAGUUGGAGAUCUCGUGAAUGGUUCACUUUCCCUUCCUGCGACACUGAAUGGCGGUUCCGCGGCUCCACCUGCUGUUAGCAAACUAACUGGCAUCCCCAUAUCUGACACCUUGGCUCGGUAUCAGUAAGAUAGACGAACAUCAGCCCUUCGCCGGACGCUCCUGCCGUUCCUCUCCCGCGUCAUUCGAGCUUGCCACGUACGACGAUAAUAUUUUAGGGUCUGGCGCUGCUGUUCGCCCCGAAAUUCCAGCGAGAAGGUGCAAUGUUGGGCAGAGAUGCCUUGACUCGCAGCGGCCUUGAUUUGUGCUUCUCGACCGAACCCCACACACUCGACGAAUCCUCACUCCCCGCCCACCUUGCUUGCUUCUCCCGCCAUCGCCUCGAGACCAGCACGGGACAAACUCAGAUGGUGCAAUCUACGGGCAGCCACAGGCCCUGCGCAGCGCACACUUCCGCCCCCGAUCUCCCGCUCCUCUUCUUACGCUGCCUUGAAGAAUUCCUCGCCAGCAGCGAUGGACGGCCUCGUUGACAUCAUCACGCUCGAAAACCUCGAGCAAAAGAUGCCGAGAUGGGACCCGGCCAGUCCUAACCAACUGUACGCUCUGGUCGAUAUGGGAAGCAACGGCAUCCGCUUCUCCGUUUCGGACCUCUCGCCUCCCCGGACCCGGCUGCUGAAGUGCAUCUACCGAGAGCGGGCCGCCAUCUCGCUGUUUGACGCCUUAAGCGGCAGCUCAUUACUGCGCUUCCCAGACGAGACGAUCAAGCUGGUCUCGCAAACCUUGGCACGCUUCAACGCCAUUGCGGUUGACGACUAUGGCGUCCCUCCAGGUCACGUGCGCGUGUUUGCCACGGAAGCCAUGCGUCGGGCUCAAAACGCCACAUCCAUGCUCGAGGCUAUACGGGCUGCCUGCCCGGGUCUGUCCGUGUGCAUUCUCGCACCCCAGGUUGAGACUCUCUUCGGCGCCGUGGGCGCUCGUUCGGGUUUCGUCGAUGUGAAGGGUCUGUUCCUGGACCUUGGAGGCGGCAGUGUUCAGAUGUCGUAUCUGGACUCCUGCGCUGCUGCGGCCGCUGCUCGAGCCGGUGACCCUGCCCCUGAGAUCACCGCAGCCCUCUCAGGACAAAGCCUGCCCUUUGGCGCCGCGCGCCUGAUCCGGUUGCUUGGCAAUGACGAUGCCGCCGUGCAUGAGGCGGCAACCUCACAACUGCGCCGGGGUCUCAGUGAGGCGUUUCAAACCUUGCGCGCUACGUUCCCGUCUCUUGCCGCAGCCGCAGCAGAAGCCGAACGGAACGAGGAGGGAGCCGGCAUUGACAUCUAUCUUUGCGGGGGCGGCUUCCGAGGCUAUGGGAGCAUUCUGAUGCACAACCACCCUAUUACGCCAUAUCCGAUCCCUUCUAUCGGCUCCUUCACUGUUUCUGGGAAGCUGUUCGGCCGGACCCAAGACAUGCUCGAGAUCAACAGGUCCUUUGACGGCAAGAUCUUCGGAAUGUCGAAGCGGCGGCGUGCUCAGUUCCCCGCCAUUGUCGCCGUGGUGGACGCACUCAUCGCCGCCGUCCCGGCCAUCCGCUCUGUUAUCUUCUGUUCCGGCGGCAACCGCGAGGGCGCCUUGAUGAUGAGCUUGCCGCCAGAGAUUCGGCAUGCCAACCCUCUAGCAUCUUUUGAGAUUGCCGUGGAGGAGGCCGCUUCCACUCCCGGGCAACAGCGAGCCAGUGUCCAAGAUGUCCUCGACACCUUGCGCUCCGCAUUCCCUCCAGAUCUGCCCUUGGCGACGACGGCCACCGUGUUCGGCCUAGGGCUGGGACCCCUUUAUGCCAGCCAGAUCUGGACUCGUCUAGGGGCUGAUGCCGAUGCUAACGCUUCUGCCGCCCUACACCAUGCGAUCAGCUGCCCGGACCAACCCGGCUUGACCCACCUAGCCCGCGCUGUGCUGGGAGUCACUCUGUGCGCGCGAUGGGGCGCGAACUUGGCGCCUUUCGAUGAGCAGCUACAUAGGAACUUGCGAGCCCUUAUGGAAACGGCAGACCCGGAUUCGACAUUCUGGGCCGACUUUACCGGCUCCGUGACGGCCGCGAUGGGAAUGUUGAUAACGAGGUGGCCCAGGACGCAGCAUGCUAUGCAGCGAAAUAUCAGGUUUCGAUCAACCACGGUGCACAACGAAAGGCUCAACAUCCAUUUAGAGAUUUUUGUGGGUGCUGAGGCAGCGAAGGGUGUAGAUCAUGAAACCCUCCUCGGCCUUUUCAAGAAUCUGAAGAAGCAAAAACAUGCCGGGAAGAGAGUCACCGUGACAGUCAAACCGCUUCCAGACCCAAGCCAUCCAUGAGGAGCGUUGUCGUGACGCUGCCCAUUCCAUCCGCCAGCGU